CAACACUCAUCAACAUGUCUAAAACUGCUGUAACAAGAGCUGUCAAUGCCAUCCAAAAGUUUUACCCAAUUGCAUUGGCCGACAAGUCCUGGGAUAAUACUGGAUUGUUGGUGGAGGCCAGUGCCGACCACAUCAAGUCAGACAGGUUGAACAUCCUCUUGACUAUCGACUUGACCCAAAGUGUUGCUGAGGAGGCAAUCAAAUCGAACACAGACUUCAUUAUGGCAUACCAUCCAUUCAUCUUCAGAGGAUUAAAAUCCAUCACCACACAAGACCCCCAACAAAAGUCAUUAAUCAAAUUGAUCCAGAACAACAUCAGUGUAUAUUGCCCCCAUACAGCUGUAGAUAGCGCCUCGGGAGGAGUGAAUGACUUUUUGGCUGAUGGAAUCACCUCAGGCCUCAAAGAGGCUUCUAGGGAAGUUAUUCAAAAAGACAGCAACAUCGAGGGAUGUGGAAUGGGAAGACUCAUCACUUUGGCCAAUCCAGUGCAAUUAAGUGACCUAGUCAAGAACGUCAAAAAAAGUCUCGGAGUGAGCAAUGUUUUGGUGGCUCCUGCUAGAGGUGAGAAUUCGGGACACACUAUCAGUAGAAUUGCAAUUUGUGCCGGAUCAGGAGGCUCUGUUUUCAAGGGCGUUGAGGCAGAUUUAUUCUACACUGGUGAAUUGUCCCACCACGAAGCAUUGUACUUCUCAGAAACCGGUUCUUCUGUCAUUGCAUGCAACCACUCCAACACAGAGAGAGCGUUCUUGAAGGUCAUUAAGGAACAACUCAAGGAAGAACUUCCAGACGCCAAUGUCAGCAUUAGUGAAGCUGACAGAGACCCAUAUGAAUUUUGGUAGAUCAAAUAGUAGAAGAACCGACAAUUGAUGCCAAAAAUAUCUAAGUUAGAUAGUAUGUAGUUUCCCAC